GAAACAUUUUAUCCCUCACUCUGCUCUUGCUCUCUCUCACACUUAAAUUAAUUUUCUCUCUCUUUUUUUGCCUGAGAUGUCAUCUCUGCUGAGGGAGGAGAUGGACAGAGUCUUGUUCCGACCGGAGAGACAGAAGCUGGUGGAGUUUAUAGAAAUAGAGGAGCUACAGCAGGGACGGCAUUUCCUCUGUGUUUCUAUAUCUAAGGAUAAAGAAGUUCAGAUCUCAGUGGUCUUGUGUCGGAGAGUUAAGCAAUCACGGACCAAGAAGCUGCAGCACUAUGGGCUGGAGGACAGCUAUGAGAGAACAGAGAUCUGGGCCCUGGAAGACCUGCUGAUUCUGGACGGUAGAGAUCCAGAUAUUGAUGAUCCCUGUUUCUUGAUGUAUUUCGACUCUGUGCGGUCCGUCAGAGCAGUGAGCUGUGCUGCGAAAUACACACUGGCCCGCUGUCUGCUGUCCCUGAGCAGGAAGCAUCACCACACGGCACUAAAACUUGAGAACUUUGACUGGACUUACAUUCAACCCACUGCAAUGUAUUCAGAUCGUGGUGACUGUGUUGUCCUUGCGCAGAUCUGUUUCUAUGCCUUUAAUCUGGUGUGUCUUUCCUUGUGUCCUGUGCCUCUGUAGAGAAAGCAGACAUUCUGUUGAAUCUUAUUUUGUGAGAUUUCAUUUAAACUGACCUUCAAAACCUAAACUCUUGAUGUUGAUAAAAAAAAAGUUAAUUUCAGUGUAAUCUGUAUAACCCUUUGGGAGUGCACAAACACCAUGCUUUGUGUUUUGAGCACUUAGCCAUGCUUUGAGCACUCAGACCUACUAACUGUAACAUAACUCCACAGUGUGGGUGAAAUCCAAUUUGUGCUUGUGCAAAUGCAACCCAAAAGGGUGUUUUCUGAGUAAUGCUGUGACUUGAAUUUUAGUAAUUUAUAUUGAUUUAUUUAUUGACUGUUAUAAAUUCUACAUUUGACAUUUUUGCAUGUGAUUAUUAAACAUUAAGCAAGCUAUA